GCACGUCGCAUUCGACCAGUCGGCUUACAACUGCUGGUUCAGUCGGUAGUCGCGUGAUUCGCGGUACUCCAACCUCUACGUGACUUCCGUCGACACGCCUUUGCAACUGUUCGCUGUGCUUUCCGUUUCGAUCGGCUUGUCCGGCUAUUUAUCGCUGACCCGGUGACCCGGGAGCCGCAUUGAAAUUGCGGGAAAAAUCGGAAGGCUCGAGUCCCGGGGACCAGACGCGCGGUGAACGCGAGGAGUAAGGAAAAUCGAUCGUGGAAGACAGCCGGGAUUAGGAUCGAGGAGUAAAAGAGCGACAGCGGCGGGUGAUUGACGGGACGAUGACGCGAUGAGCAGACACAGAGGGACGAGAGGGCAACCGAGAUGGAAACGCGAAAUUUAUGAGACUUUCAGAGAGUAAACUGCGAGCACGCGACGAUUCGCGACAAAUUCCUUCAUCGAACACCUGUGCCCCACAUUCGGAUUCCACGUUGAACGCGCCGCGGCUAUGGUGAACCAUCAAUCACCGGCUUUAUCGUCCUUUCCAUCGUCCUUUCCAUCCUCGAUCCUCCGCCGGAAACGGAGUCCCCCUUUUUGCAUUCGACGCGUUCCGCGCGAUACAAUCGCGUCUCGAUGGACCAAAUUUCCACGAAGCGCGAGCGUCCCGACCGGUUCCCAGUGCAUGCUAAACUUCCCCAUUUACAUGGUCUCGUAAAUUUCGAAUUUUCCCCGCGUACAGGCCAAUGGUGUCUAGCGGUGUCUCGAAACAAAAGUCAUCCAACGAUUUCGCGCGCGAUACACCGGAAAUCGAAGUGGAAGCUCGAUCCGAGGACCUCUGACAGCCUCGUGUGCUAAUCGCGAUUUUAUUUCAUUAAAUAAACUUAUCCGAUUUUAUCGUUCUCUCUACUUUCUUCGUAAUACGGUCUAUGUAUACAUAUACACGAACGAGUCGUCGACACGCGCGGGUGCGGAACACGAAACGGAAGGAACUAGAGAGAACGGUGCGAUUGGAGAAUGCGGAAUUCUUUAUCGUUUCCAGGUACUAGCUCAGUUAGUUUGCCAAGGACCAGGUAGUCGACAUAAUUUUCGAUCCACCGCCAUUGUAAUUCUCGAGUCACGUGUUCUCCAUUGAGACAAAUUUGUGCUCCUUCUCAUUCUUCUACUAACUAAAUUGGAACUGAUAUGUUUGCAAGUUAUACUACGUUUCCGAGUGUUUACGCGUGUGUACGCGUGUUUUCAAGGCUACGUGAAUUGCGAAAUGGAUGUUUGUAGGACACCGGGACGAAAGUUGAAAACGCGUGGAAGUUCUCGUGGGGACAUCGAAGAUAUCCCGUUCGACGAUCGUCCUGUCGCGUUUGAAACCGCAGGAGAGAACAAAGUCACGAGGACAAGCUCCACGUGGAAAUGAAAUUAUGGACACUCGGAAGAACCACACUGAUCUCAGUCCUGAUCCUCACCUUCACCCUCUACAUUCUGUCAUUCUACUUCGACUGCAGGAUCGGCGACAUCCUGUAUUUCAGGCGCAAUUUUAUGACAGAUCAACGAGUGAUGAACGUGACGAGGAAGAUCCUGUUCUGGAACACGAUGUUCGGCGACGAGACCUUCUACAUGGGAAAAGGGGACAUAUUUCGCGACUGUCCCGUGAACAAUUGCUACGCCACGCACGACAGAAGUUACGUGGACCUGACAGAAUUCGACGUCGUCCUGUUUCAUGCCAACGAGCUCGAGUACUUCGACCUGCCAAAGUACAGGACCUCGAGACAGUGGUACGUCUUCGUGAACCUGGAGAGUCCUGCCAACAGGCCGCUCGUCAGCCCCAUCUACGAUGAUUUCUUCAACAUCACGAUGACGUACAGGUUAGAUAGCGAUGUCCUGUGGACCUACGCAACCGUGGCAGACGUACACACCGGAAAUAUCGUGGCGCCUUUGCAGAACACUACUUGGGACAUGGUUCAUCGUCCACCAGGUGACCGACCGAUGACCCACGAGGACUCGUCGCUAUUGAAGACGAUCAGUGGCAAAUCCAGGCCUAUAGUCUGGUUCGUGAGCAACUGUCAGGCAAAAAGCGGCCGGCAGGAGUACGUGAACGAGCUGUCCAAGCACAUACCCGUGGACAUUUAUGGGAAAUGCGGCAGCAAGCAGUGUCUAUCCACCAAGGAGUGCUACGCGCAGGUCGUAGAGCCCGACUAUUUCUUCCACCUGUCGUUCGAGAACUCGCUGUGCGUCGAUUACGUAACCGAGAAGCUGUACAAUGCUCUCAGAUACAACGUGGUUCCCAUCGUCUACGGGGGCGCCAAUUACAGCCUCUUCGCUCCGCCGCGAUCCUACAUAGACGCGCUCGACUUCGACACGCCGAGGGACCUGGCUGAAUAUUUGAAGAAGCUGAUGCAGAAUCCGCGAGCGUACGGCGAGUAUUUCGCCUGGAAGAGGUAUUACAAAAUCGACAACAGCGUCCGACACGUCUCGUGCAAUCUCUGCGAGUUCCUUCACAGGCAGAGGGAACCCAGGAUGCAGAAUUCGCUGUCCGAUUGGUACAGCAGGUCCAAGUGUCCUCUGCAGGAAUUCCUGCGUUACCACGAUUACCUGCAACGGUCUAUCUUGAAAGACUGAUUUAAUCCGCGCGUCUUGUCCCCCGUUUUGUAAAUUAUCACCGUGUUGGUUUAAGUUAUCACGGAGUCGAAUAAAUCCAGUUUACGAGCGUGCCGCUUUAUUCAAAUGCAUUCGUUUCGCGAGGACAGCGUGCAUUUCCCGGAGUUGCAGCCGGCGUUAUCCAUCUAUUUGUUAUUAGAUUUACGCGUUUGUCGUCGCAUCGCGUAACUGGAAAGUGGGAAAAUUGAUGGACGUUUUUGCCGCGCGCGCGCGCGCGCCAGCGAAAGUCGCCGAGGAAGUGGAACGUC